AUGCCUCCACGGAAAAUUGGUAAAGAAACUGUACAAAACGUUACUAACGAGGAAAACGAGAGACAAUCAAAGCGUCUGAAAACAGGGACUGGUGAUGAUGCUGUUGAGGGCGGCAAUGAGAUUGUCUUUGAUUUGGAUAAUUUGGAUGAUGAAAAAGACGACCUCGCAAAUCAUUUGAUUUGUGAACUGGAGAAACAUGGCGUUAGUGCUACGGAUGUGAAAAAACUCGAAGGCGCUGGCUUUUUUACAGUUUAUUCGGUUCUUUACGCUCCUAGAAAGAAGGUUCUUGAUGUGAAGGGAUUAUCUGAAGCCCGUGUGGACAAGAUUAUCAAAGAGUGUGAGUUCCUCGGCUCCACUUCUAUUCUCUACUUCUACUUAUACAAAGCUACUUUUGAAUUAGCUUAUGCGGUUACUAAUUAUGGCGGCACCACAGCUUAUGAUAUUAUGCAAAGACGUGAUAGGCUCAUUCGCAUCACUACUGGGUCCAGGGAGUUUGAUCAAUUACUUGGCGGGGGUAUUGAAACUGGCUCCAUUACGGAGAUCUUCGGCGAAAACCGUUGUGGCAAGACCCAAAUUUGCCAUACAUUAGCUGUAGCUUGCCAACUCCCUUUUGGUCGCGGCGGUGGUCAAGGAAGAUGCUUCUUCGUGGAUACUGAAGGUACUUUCAGGCCUGACCGCAUCUCAUCCAUUGCUGCUAGAUUUGAUCUUGAUCCUGCUACCACAUUGGGUAAUAUUGCUGUUUACCGCGCCAAUAAUACUGACCAGCAACUAACCAUCGUCACUGAAGCUGCCGAUACUCUAGCUAAAGCCCGGUUUUCUCUUAUUGUCGUUGAUUCUGCAAUAUCUCUCUAUCGGCGUGAUUAUGUAGGUCGUGGAGAAUUGGCAGCGCGUCAAAUGCAUCUGGGUCAAUUUUUGCAUCAGUUGCAACAUCUGGCUGACGAAUUUGGUGCCGCUGUUGUUAUUACUAAUCAAAUGACGGCUACUGUUGAUGGUUCUGCUGGCAUAUUUGCUGUCAAUCCUAUGAAACCGACGGGUGGAAAUAUAAUGGGUCAUGCUACUUGCACUCGUUUGCAAUUGAGAAAGGGUAAAGCAGAGAAUCGAAUUGUUAAAGUCUACAAAUCUCCGUGUUUACCUGAAAGUGAAGCCAGCUUUGCUAUUAGCGAAGAGGGUAUUGUCGAUGCAGCUUAGGCUGCUGUUUGAAUUUUUUGAAGAUCAUAAAAUACAUACUAUGAGUUCCUUACAUAAUGAAAAAUAUACGAUAGCUACUUGGAAACCAUUUCAUUAUUCUUUGGCUUUGGCUUCUAACGAAUUCUAACUCCCUUAUGUAACAUUUGCAUUGAUUAAAUAUAUCCCACAAACAUGCAGUAGCUUAAUUCCUUUCAUCAAAUACAUCUAAUCUUUCUCUAAUAAGAGAUAACUAAUCAAAUCUUUCUCUAUUUCUAUUUUUAAUAAGAGUAAGGGAGCAACUGUUUCUGUAUGGUAAAAAAGCAUUCUGUUUAUGUAAUUAGCUAGAUAGUGUUUCUCAUGCACCACAACAUUCUCGAAAGCUGUUUGCACAG